AUGUCUUCGAACAAGUACGCCUUGGUGCCGACGCAGGGCGACUUCAACAACUACCAAUACAGGACUCCACCUCAGACUGCCGUAAUCCUUCACCCCAUGACGCCGACGCAGGGUCACUUCAACUACAGACAAAAGACUCCACCUCAGACUGCGGCGGUUCUUCACCCUGGCGCCAAAGGAGGAAUGCAUUUAGAGCAUGACAUGGAGAACCAAGCGGCUGCCUUCCUUGAGGUGGCAGGCUCAUUGCAUAACAAUGGUGCUUCAAUCUUCGAACUCAUUCAAGAGGCUUUCGAAAAUGUCUCCACAUACUCUGAAGAAGAGCGAAGCGAAAUCGUAGACAUGGCUCGGCACCAGUUUAACGAUCUCUACAAGACGACUACGACUUUCAUGACAGAAGCUACAGCGAACAGGCUCGAGAAAGAAAAAGUCCUCUCCAUAAUGCAUCAAAAGGCAACCAGAGACCAGGCUCUUCUAUACAUGAGCCGUGAGCAACAAUUAUGCAAUACAAUCACGCUCCGUGACAAUACCAUAAUGGCUUUGAAUAGCACUGUCUCGCAUAUGACACUUCAGAUUGGUCUACUCCGCGGAGAGAUUGAAGCAUUCAGGGCCGACAACAAGCUCCUAAGUCGCAAGGCUGACGAGGGCGCCAAAUCCACUAAAGCUUUACAGGCGCUCACUACCGACUUGGCGUCUAAAAUCCGUGACCUGGAAAAAGAAAAGCUGCACAAGAACAAGGAGUCAGAGGCCAAGGUCAGCAUGGUCAAUGGCAUGUCAAAGCAGUUUGAGGCCAGUACGAAGUCAAUGGUAAACCGGUUGGAGUCGGAGAAAUCCAAGAGCAAGCACGCAGAGCAGCGCAUAUCCGAGCUUGAGGCCGAAAACAAGAAGCUCAGGGAGAUAAUCCAGCUGAAAGCUAGCUGCCCUCCCAUCGAGGAGCCACGCACGACAGACAACGACACAUCCGUGGCCACGAAGAUCAACAAGAUCGAACCGAUGAAGAGAAAGCUUGCUGUACUCCAACAGGAGAUUGACGACAUUGUGAACAACAAGACCAAGACGUAA